AUGUCUUCCAUAAACACGAAUAAUUUAAAGAUCGAAAAUGUUCAAAAUUUGGAAGACGAAUUGUUAGACGAUUCAUUAUUCGAAACAAAUGUGAACUAUUUUGAAAACAGAAGAAACAUGGAUAUUUACAGAGGCAAACGAUUCAAGAAAGCAAAGAGAAUGCUGGAACAAAGGGAGGAAAGAAAAAAAUUGGUUGCUGAGGCAAUAGAAAAACAGAAAUAUGAUCAGGGGGAAUAUAUUUACAAGAUAAAUAAUAGUGGAAAGGAUAGGUUUUCUAUGGAUAGUUUGUAUGGGGUUGAUAAAGAGGGAAAUAAGAUUGUUGUAACAAAUGAAUGUGAAAAAGCAAAUGUUUUGGCUGAUUUUUUUACCACUGUUUACUAG